UCAGUCUUGUUUAUUUCUUUGUCAUGAAAAGAUCAUUUUACUGCACAAUAUAAAUUUGUAGCUGUGGUUUAAUUCAAGUUGUGAAAUAAUAAGAAAAUAAAUUUCACUUUAAGAAAAGAAAUUUUGAAUAAAUUUACUAUAAACUAAAAUACCAAGCCAGAAAUAUGUCAAUUGUGCAAACAGUUCUUGGACCGAUCAGUCCAAAUCUCCUUGGACGUACAUUAACCCAUGAGCAUUUUGAACUUAAUUUUGAAAAAUUCUACUGUGAACCACCAAGCGAAUACAAAGAGAUCUUCGAGAAAAAGAUUUCUCUAGAAACUUCUGGAUUUGUUCGCCAAUAUCCAUAUUCAAGUAAAGAGAAUCUCAAGUUCUACGAUGAUGCAACACGAACUGCUGUCAAGAAAGAUGUUGAAUUAUACAAGAAAUUUGGUGGAGGAAGCAUUGUUGAAAAUAGUUGUCAUGGUUUAAUAAGAAAUCUAGAAUUGAUGGUUGAUAUUCAAAAGACAACUGGAGUUAAUAUUAUAGCUGGAACUGGUCACUAUGUAAAUAAUCUCCAAACUCCAGGUCAUUUAGCAAUGACUGUGGAAGAAAUGACUGAUUUAUAUUCCAAAGAGAUAAUUACUGGUAUUGAUGUACCCAAUGUUGGUCCAGUGAAAUGUGGAUUUAUUGGAGAAGUUGGGAGUGUUUAUCCUAUUCAUGAUUUCGAAAAACGAGCAAUCCGUGCAACAGGUGAAAUCCAAGAAGUUCUAGGUUGUGGAGUAUCCUUCCAUCCAGGACGUGAUUCAAAGGCUCCAUUUGAAAUUGUUCGAAUGUAUCUAGAAGCUGGUGGUAAACCUGAGAAAUGUGUGAUGUCACAUUUAGAAAGAACAAUUAUGGACAUGGACCAACUUUUCGAAUUUGCAGCUCUAGGAACUUACAUGCAAUAUGACCUCUUUGGAGUCGAGUGUUCAUUUUAUCAACUUAAUGCUUCAGUUGAUAUGCCAUCUGAUGCACAAAGAAUAAAUAAUUUAAUGUUGCUCAUUGAAGAUGGUUGGGUUGAUAAGAUACAAAUGUCUCAUGAUAUUCAUACAAAACAUCGAUUGACUUCUUAUGGUGGACAUGGAUAUCAUCAUAUUCACAUGAAUAUCCUCCCAAGACUUUUUGCUAAAGGACUGACCAUCGAUCAAGUUGAACAAAUGACAGUUACCAAUCCAGCUAAAUGGCUCGAGUUUAAAAUAUAAGGUGAAAAUAAAUCUUUCUCGUAUUGAAU